CAAAUAUUAUCACAGAACCGAGUGUAUAUAAGUGCAGUGUGGAAAUACACAUUGCACAUUGGCGAAAAUGGCUCGGUUGGUGUUGUGUGUGUUGGCUUUAUUGGUGGCCAGCGGGUUGGCCGACCCCGUGAGGAGGCCUCAGCAAAAACCUGCUAAGAAGUCCACAUUGGAGCAUCAGUACAAACUAUUGAUCCUGUUCUUCCACAUCCAUGAACCCAAUCAUUUCAAGGAGCACCAAGAAAUAGAACAAACAUGGAACAUUGAAAAGAAUUCUCAGCAUUACGAGAAUGCUACUGCGGUCCGUAUUGUAAGCAACAUGAUACAAAACAAUUGGAAUCUGGUGAGGACUGUGCCAUUCUCGAUCUUGGAAAGCACCCACCGUGCUGAGGCUGAAUUCGUGUUCAACCUUCUUUUCUCAGCGAAAGACUUCGAAACUUUCUAUAAAACAGCUGUUUACUUGAGGCCUCAUCUCAACGAGUACAUGUAUGUCUACGUGCUGUCGACCGCAAUCCAUCACCGCCACGACACUCAGGACAUCAUUGUGCCUCCUCUAUACAGCGUCAUCCCAUCCUUCUUCCAUAACUCCCAAGUUAUGACCACAGCUCAAAGAAUUGCAGUCCAUGGAAGGCGAUGGGUAGAUCUAUACCCACAAACUCAUCUUUGGGACGAUAAUGUAGUUAUCAAUCUAAAUGAAACUUUGUGGCCAUAUAUAAACGAUGAAAUGCGUAUUGCUUACUUUACCCACGAUGUGGCACUCAACUCUUGGUACUACAAUACCCACUUGACUUAUCCUUUCUGGAUCGGAAAAGAAACCUGUCCCUUGAUCAAAGACAAUCGUGGUGAACUGUUUUGGUGGUGGCAUAAACAAAUUUUGACUCUUUACUACAUGCAUAGGCUUUCAAAUGGCCUGGGAGAGAUUCCAGACCUUGACGAAAAUGUUGUGCUCCAAGGUUAUGACCAUGGUUUGUCAUACAUGAAUGGAGUUUCAUUCCCAUACAGACCUAAUCACUUCCACUUGGACGCCCCAUGGGUGCAAGAAUUACUCCAGGACAUUGAGAUUUAUGAAACCCGUGUCCGUGAAGCUAUCGACCAUGGAGUAGUAACUGACGAAGGAAAAAUCAUUAAUAUCCGUACACCUGAAAACAUUGACUUGCUUGGACGCCUUAUCGAAGCGAAUGAUGAUUCGCCCAAUGUACACUACUACAGGGACUUCAUCAGCAUUUGGAAGAGGGUUCUAGGUAACUCCCCAGUUACCCAAGAGAAUGUUCAAUACUACAACGGGAUGUACCCCUUGGUGUUACCAUCAGCCUUGGAACUCCACCAGACAGCUCUCCGUGACCCAGCGUUCUACAUGAUCAUGAAGCGAGUGCUGAAGCUCUUCCAAUGGUGGCACGAGUCUCUACCUCCUUACACUCGUGAGGAACUCGCCCUCCCCUCUGUUGAUAUUCAGAAGGUCGAUGUCGACAAGCUGGUCACCUACUUCGAGUACACGCAUUUGAAUGUCACCAAUCACUUGCAUAUGACCGAAUACGAAUCCCAACACGUUCUUGACACCAAGAGCGUUCUAGUCAAGCGUCCUCAGCUGAACCACAAAGUAUUCACCAUCCGCACGAAUGUUCACUGUGAAAACGCUCAGCACGUCACCGUCAGGUACUACUUGGCUCCCAAGUACGAUAGCCAGGGCAAGCUGAUACCUCUGGUAGAAAACACACAGAACUUCUUCCAGAUUGACGAGUUUGAUUAUGAGCUGAAGCAAGGCGAUAAUGUAAUUACCAGCGUGUCCAACGAGAUCACACGAGCUACUCCUGACGCAUGGGAGGGCUACAAGCUCUUCGAAAAAGUAGAAAAUGCUCUGAACGGUGGUGAAACGUUCAUUUGGGAGUCCCUACGCAAACCUGACGCGAUCCCCAACAGACUGCUCUUGCCUAAAGGUCGUGUCGGUGGCAUGCCGUUCGUCCUGAUGGUCUACAUCUCCGAGUACAAGGCGCCAAAUCAAGUUUACGGCACCGGAUUUGACCCCGUCUCCUCCCUUGGCCUGGGCUCAGGCGCCCGCCGCCUCACCAUAGACCCCCUUGGCUUCCCCGUGGACAGGCCCUUGAAUCAAUGGCAAGUGGUGGGCUUGAAAAACAUGUGGUUCCAGGAUGUCCUCAUCCACCACAAAGAAACUCCAGAAGUUGUCGUCCAACACUUCAAAUUUCCAAGGGUACAGUUGUCAGUGGGUGUGGGAACGAUGAAGACUGUCCUGAUCAUAGCUUGUCUCGUGGCCCUGGCCGCGGGCAACACCUUCCCAAUUUUCAAACAUGACCAGGUGGCCACCAAAAAAUUGGAUGAGAAAUUGUUGCAGUUCCAGGAAAAAGCUCUGUCACUUUUUGAAAAUGUAAUCCAAGUAUGGAAGACUGAGUACUACACGAUCGGCAAGGAGUAUGACAUCGAAAAGAAUAUUGACAAGUAUUCUAACCCGGAGGCUGUUCACGCAUUUUUAGGUCUGUGGAAUGUUGGAAUAACACCCAAGCAUUACUUGUUCUCUGUUUUCCAAGAAAGACAGAAAGAUGAGGCCGUCCUUGUUUACGAGCUGUUCUAUUCGGCUAAGGACUUUGACACUCUUUACAAGACUGCUGCGUGGGCUAAGGUCCACCUGAACGAAGGCAUGUUCCUAUACUCCUUCUACACAGCUCUCUUCCACCGUCCUGAUACUCACGGCAUCGUCCUACCUUCUCCCUAUGAAUUAUGGCCUCAAUACUUCGUGAACAUGGAAGCCAUAUACAGAAUGGUCUCUACACAGUUGCUCAAAGGAGACUUCCCAGAAGAAGAAGCUAAAGAAUAUGGAAUUUUCAAACAGGACAGCAAUUAUUAUUACUACUACAACUACUCAGACGCCAUGUCUUACGAUAACAACGAGUACAGACUCGCAUACUUUACUGAAGAUAUUGGCUGGAACUCUUACUAUUACUACUUCCACACCAACAUGCCAUUCUGGUCCGAAGGUGAACAAAUCUUGGGUCCAUUCAAGGAACGUCGUGGUGAAAUUUACUACUAUUACUACCAGCAGCUCUUGUCUCGUUACUACCUUGAGCGAUUGAGCAACGGUCUGGGAGAAGUACCUAGGUUCUCUUGGUAUGCUCCUCUGAAGGUUGGCUACUACCCAUACUUGUCCAAAUUCUUCUAUCCCUUCGCUCAACGUAAUAACUACUACUACAUGGCAACACCGGACAAUGAGGAAUACAUCCAGUUUGUUGAUACUUACGAAAAGAGCUUCCUUCAGUUCAUUCAAACUGGCCAGUUCAAGGCUUUCAAACAGGAGGUUGACUUCCACAACUACAAAUCUAUUAACUUUGUGGGUAACUUCUGGCAAGGAAACCCCGAUCUAUACGAAAAGGAAGGAAAGUCUAGAAAUUAUGAGCGCACUUAUGAACAAGCUGCCCGUUACCUGCUUGGUGGUGCUCCUAAGCCUUAUAACGACUACAUGUAUGUUCCCACCGCACUUAACUUCUACCAGACUUCUAUGCGUGAUCCUGUCUUCUACCAGCUGUAUGCUAAGAUCAUGAACUAUAUUGUGGAGUACAAGGAAUGGUUGGAGCCAUACGACCAAGACGAUCUGCACUACGUUGGUGUAAAGAUUAAUGACAUCAAGGUCGAUGACCUGGUUACUUUCUUCGAAUAUUAUGACUUCAACGUCACCAAAGCCAUUUACGCGAAUGAAAAACCAGGUGAUGUCUACAACUACUUUAUUCGUCAGCCACGUCUGAACCACAAACCGUUCUCAGUCACCUUCGACGUCAAGUCUGACGUUGAAUCUGAGGUCGUGAUCAAGCUAUUCAUGGCUCCUAAAUACGAUGGUGAAGGUCGCCUUCUUACCUUGGAAGACAACUGGAUGAACUUCGUUGAGCUGGAUUGGUUUACACACAAGCUAACCUCUGGACAGAACAAGAUUGACCGUAAAUGCGAAGACUUUUUCUUCUACAGAGAAGACUCUGUUUCCACUGGAAAGAUUGUCGAGCUCAUGAAACAGGGUCAGAUACCUGAAGAUAUGUCUGAGGACUACGAUUCUUUGCCAAGCAGAUUGAUGAUUCCUAGAGGUACAAAUGGAGGAUUCCCGGUGCAGUUCUUUGCCUUUAUUUAUCCAUAUGAAGCUCUUAAACCUGAAUACAAGGACUUUACGUCGUACGUCGUGGAUAACAAGCCCUUCGGUUAUCCCUUCGACCGUCCCAUCCCUGUACCGCAGUUGUUCUUCCAGCCCAACAUGUACUUCGAAGACGUCUAUAUCUACCAUCAGGGUCCUGAAUACCCGUGGUGGGGUCAGUACCUAGAUCACCAGAACUCAGUCCCUAAGCAUUAACAAACAGUGUAAUGAAUUUGUAGUUAAGAAGAAGAAAGACAACACAUAAAGUGAAUAAGUAUUUAAUUUUAUUUCAUUGUUUUACUAUAUGACUGUUAUACACCAAGUUAAUAAAGUAUUUAUCUAUGUAUAUAAUGUAAAAGUUUCUUCCUCAUAGUAAGUACAUAAGAGCUUUAGAAUAACAUGUGCUAGCUAUGCUCCAAGAUUAGUACGAUACUGCUAAAUAAAUGAUAUAGGAUUU